ACAAAUGCAUCACCAGCGAGCUGCUGAAGGACAUCCCCCUGCCAGGGGUGCUGGGGGACAUUGUCCCGCUGUCCCUCCUCCCCGCAGGCCCGCUCCCCUCCCCGAAAGAGCUCAUCAACGGCAACAUCAAAACCAUCACGGAGUAUCGCGAGGAGGAGGAUGGGCGCAAGGUGAAGAUCAUCCGCACCUUCCGUAUCGAAACCAGGAAGGCCUCCAAGGCCGUGGCCCGUCGGAAGAACUGGAAGAAAUUUGGCAACUCAGAGUUCGAUGCCCCCGGACCGAAUGUGGCCACCACCACGGUGAGCGACGACGUCUUCAUGACCUUCAUCACCAGCAAAGAGGACCUGAACUGCCAGGAGGAGGAAGAUCCCAUGAACAAGCUGAAGGGGCAGAAGAUUGUCUCGUGCCGUAUCUGCAAAGGUGACCACUGGACUACCCGCUGUCCCUACAAGGAUACCUUGGGACCGAUGCAGAAGGAGUUGGCCGAGCAGUUGGGGCUGUCCACAGGCGAGAAGGAGAAGCUGCCUGGAGGUAUGGCACCCCUUUAUCCUGAGAUGGGGGA